GUACUCUAUGAUGGCGUGUACAAACAGGUGGGAAUAAUGAUUUCUGUCUGUCUGGUACACGGAGGUGUAGAGCCACAGUUCUUUUCCGAACGGCUCUACAGGCAAGUCUGUGGCCUACAACCUCAUGUCACAGACAUAGCCGAAAUAAAUGACUACAACUUCCGUGAAAAGUUGACUAAGGUACUUGAUACUGUGAAUGGUUUUCUUUCUCUCAUGUUGCUAUUAAGUUAUUAUCCUGUUUGUUUUUAUGAACAUUUUCAUUGUUGAUACAUCUUUUUAAGGUUAUUGAUUUACAGUGUGCAGUUGCUCAUUCAUUCAUUUCAAUGAUCAAAGGUACAAAUAGCACAAACUGUAGACGAGGCCCAGGAAGCGGUGCUGGAGGCCUCUGAUGAAGUCUCCAUGUUGGGUUCAUCCGAUACAUGCGGACCUUGGAGGAGAGGGAUGCCUUGGUGGAAUCUGCCACCAAGUUCUACCUGGAAAGCAGGCUACGGGAUGCUGUUGAGCAAUUCAAAGAGGGUCUGGAGUGUUUGAGUCUCCUCCCAAUUGCUACCAGACACCCAACCCUCUUCAGAGAGGUUUUUAUGCAUGUAGAGAAACCUCUACUAGCCAGAGACUUGGCUUCUCUUUUUGUACCGGAGCUCUCCCCUGCUGGCAGCAACAAGAGAGCAGCGGAGAGUAGGACCAUAUGCUUUUGGAGAGAUUGGUUGCUGGAGGUGGAAGAGGGGAGUGCUGAAUUAACCCUGGAGCAGAUCCUAAUUUUCACGUCGGGUGCUUCUGCUAUACCUCGGUUUGGCUUCCCAGUUUCACCCAGCAUAGAAUUUUUACACCACCAAGGGGAUGAGCCUGUGAGAAUCUUUCCAGAGGCAAAUACAUGUGCCAUCAUUUUAAGAUUGCCCAUCCAUUUCACCUACAUGGGCUUCAAAGAAAAGAUGGAGAGUGGAAUCCUCCAGUCACCUACCUUUGGCACCUUCUAAUUUCUGAUUUAAUAAUUGUUAACGUCUUCUGA